AUGAAUGGAGAAUUAGUUGAUGAACUCGUUGCUUUGGUUACUCCUCAAAUCGAGAAAAAGAACACUGUCAUGCGCGAUGCUAUUCCUUCCCGAUUUGGUGUACUGGCAAGAAACCCAUCGGAAACUUCGUCCAGAAAAGUCUCGAAGCUAGUGGCUCGGCAUGUGUUCAUCUUACACAACUCUACUUUACGCAAAUGUCAAUGCCACGAGUUUUGUCACCAGUGGUUCUUAUCACGAAGGGAUCCUGAGGGCAUGUGCAGGAAGGAGAUACACCGCUGCAAGCCAAACAGGAAUCCUGAUGAAUAUUUAAGAGAAACCAAACGGGACAUUUUCAAAGUUCCGCGAAACUACAGCCCCGAACUUCACCCGCUAGAAGGCCCGAGAGAAUACACAAGAGCUCUUAAUGCCAUUAAGUUGGAAAGAGUGUUUGCAAAACCGUUUGUUGGUAAUUUAGAUGGUCAUAGGGAAGGUGUAACAUGUUUUGGGAAGCAUCCAGAACGUUUGUCUUUGCUAUCUAGUGGAUCAUAUGAUGGAGAAGUAUGUUUCUGGGAUUUACCUUCGCAAACUUGCGUAAGACGUUUUCAAGCCCAUAGUGGAUUUGUGAGAGGUUUGACAUUUGUACCAGAUGGCAAUGGCUUAUUAUCAGUGGGAGAUGAUAAAACUGUUAAGACUUGGAAUACAGAUUCAUUGUUUGAUUCUAAUGAAGAACCCAUUGAAACAAGGAUAAGUAAGACUGUGUUGACUGGUAUUACUCAUCAUCAGAAAAAGGAUAUAUUUGCUACUUGUGGUGAGGCAUGCUUGCUUUGGGAAGAAACCCGCAAUUCUCCAAUUCAGGUGUAUGAAUGGGGUGUAGAUACACUUCUUGAUGUAACAUUCAAUGCUGUUGAAACUGAUCUGCUUUUGUCUUGUGCAAGUGAUCGUAGCAUUAUCAUUUAUGAUGUAAGAGACUGUGGUCCUGUGAAAAAAUUUGUCAUGUCACUACGGACUAACAAACUGUGUUGGAAUCCAAUGGAAGCUACAGUGUUCACCUGCGCUAAUGAAGAUUACAAUCUUUAUACAUUUGAUGUGAGAAAUUUACGAAGUGCUGUGCAAGUUCAUAAGAACCAUGUGUCUGCUGUAACAUGUGUUGACUAUGCACCAACUGGCAGAGAAUUUGUUAGUGGUAGCUUUGAUAAAUCCAUAAGGAUCUUUGAAAUUGAUAAGGCCAAUUCCAGGGACAUUUAUCACACCAAACGUAUGCAGCAUGUUACGAGUGUUGCAUGGUCAUUGGAUAAUAAGUAUGUAUUAAGUGGCUCAGAUGAAAUGAAUGUGAGAGUAUGGAAGGCCAGGGCAUCAGAAAAGUUGGGAGCACUAAGACCUCGAGAAAAAAAUGCUUUGAAUUACUCAGCAGCAUUAAGGGAGAAGUAUGCAAGUCACCCACAGAUUAAGCGCAUAGCAAGGCAUCGCCAGGUACCUAAACAUAUCCAACAUGCAAAGAAGGAACUCAGUGUUAUACGAACAAAAUUGGUUCGGAAGGAAAUAAACAGGCGUAAACAUGCCAAACCUGGUGCAGAAGAACCAUAUGUGCCCGAACGCAAAAAGAGUGUUAUUGAUGUACAACAAUGAAAUAUUUCAUUGUGUAUGGGUGAAUAAAUCAUUUUGGUAUACAAAUUUUUGAAAGAAUUCGUCUCAUUAAAGGAAACCUCCAUUAUUUUAAUGAAUGAACAGAACUAAUGUAAUUGUCAUUGAGUGACAUUAAAUUGCUAAAGGUAGACUGAAAAAUAAUAGUAGUAAAUGAAUGUUGGAACUAACUUGUCAAAGAAAAUGGUAGUUGUAGGACCAAAAAAAGUUCUGCUCCUUUAAGUAGAAGAAGAGUCCUGAAGUGGUAACAGAAUGAAAUAAUUAGUCCAAAACAAAUUCAUUAAUUAAAUGUUUUUUAAAGCAAACAACUACAAUAAGUUUGGUAAAAAUGUGGAUAUUAUAAGCCUGUGAAAUAAAAGAAAUGAAAUGGAAUUACAUUAUAACUACUGAUUCCCUAAUUACAGAUAUGUGAG